AUGCAAGCAGAAACGACAUUCUUCAAUCAUGCAAGCAACGUCGUGGUCAAUGGAGGCAGCUUCAGCGCAGUGUCCAAACAACUACAUACUCACUUAGGCAGCAGUGCGCUACAGAACAACUAUAUUCCGCCAGGAAAAAUUGGUAAAGAUGACGUACUGGCUAUCCUUCACAACCACAGUGCUUUAGCUGGUCUACUCGACGCCAAGGAACGGUUCGACGCACCCAAAUGUGAUCCAUCUACGCGAAUCGGAAUUAUCAAAAAGCUCACAAAUUGGGUUGAAUCCGAGAGUCAAUCAUUGCCAUCUUCUCUGUUGUGGCUGCACGGUCCAGCAGGAGUAGGGAAAUCGGCAUUAAUGCAGCAAUUGGGGCUCAUCAUGCAAGAAAAAGGCAACCACGCUGCGAGUUUCUUCUUUUCACGCACCGCCGUUGGACGAAGCGAUGGAAAUUCUCUGAUCGUCACUUUGGCAUACCAGCUCGCUAUGAACUUUCCACCCAUUCGUGCGCACAUUGCCAGUAACCUGAAUAAAAACCCGGGUAUCUUUUCAUUGUCGAACAAAGUGAAGAUGCAAUUGCUUGUUGUCGAUCCAAUCGAUAAAUUGUGCGCGACUAGUUUCUGGAAGCCUUUCAUUCGCGAGCAUUUCUCGAGAUUGCAGAUUCCAAGACUUGUCAUAGUAGACGGUUUAGACGAAUGCGACAAUCAGGAUAUUCAAUCCGACAUUCUGUUACUCGUUGCCCAUGCCAUUUCCAAGCUUCGUCUCCCACUUCGUUUCAUCAUCGCAAGUCGUCCUGAGGCACACCUAUUAUCUUCAUUCAACAACUCGAUAUUUGACAAGAUACUCUAUAGGCUUAAUCUAGGAGCCGAUGCUAAAGAAUUCAAGGAAAUUCGAUUAAACCAUCCCUUAGGCAGGCACCUUCCUGACCCUUGGCCAACGACUGCACAAAUAAGCACACUUGUAAUGAAAUCUUCAGGAGGAUUCGUAUAUCCUGCGACGGUGCUGAAGUACAUAAAGUCUCCAUACCUUCGACCAGACGAAUGUCUCAAGGUGAUCCUUGGCCUAUCCUCCACCCCUUCUAGUGAUUGUCCAUAUGCACAGCUGGAUGAUCUUUAUUCCCAUAUAUUCAAUUCUGCCCACGAAGCCCACAAAACAUCCGUCAAACUUAUCUUUAGUGUUCUUGCAGUUCCCAGCACACAACAAUAUUCAAAGACAAUCAUCUCACCUGCUCUCCUAAACACAUAA